CAUUUUUAAUCGUGUCGAUGGUCAUACGAAUAAAAAGUGUGAUAAAGUAGACACGGUUUUCCACUUACGAUGAUCGAAUUCGUAUGUUACGUGAACGACGUGAACAUAAAAAUUGUGGAAACUUCUUUUCCUUCUAAUGGGAUUCAGGUUAUGUCUGUGACCAACGCGAAUAUGCAGAUCGAACGAUAAUUACAGGAAUUUGUUUUGGAAUGAAACGUACGAAUGUUUCGUUCUUUUACGAAAUUAUUACGUUUAUCGCAAUAUCGGAACUGUUAUUAUCGUGUGUUUGAUAUUGGAUGACUAGCAAGAUUGUAGAAAAUGGCGGCAUCACUUCGAUAUGUACACAUCGAGUCAUCUUGCGGCGGUUAUGCUCGUAAAUUAUCUUCUUUACCGACGGUAUUACCUUCCUAUGAUCAUUCGGUAACGGAUGAAAAUGUUUAGUAAAUUUGUAGUUAUUAUCGACGUAAAAUAAUUACCGACAUGAAACGAUUACCGACCGAAGAAAAAAGAAAUAAUUACAAGAUGAUUGCAAAAGAAAAGCAAUUGGGAAAUGCCGAAAAAGUAUCAAUGGAAUUAUCACUUUCAUCGUCGGAUCCGAAGAUACGAAAAAUGUUCAGGAGACAACGAAUUCAACGUCGUUUGAGCGCUCUGCAUAAGGAUAAUGGAACGGAUCGCAUAGAAAUCGUUAAGAGAACUCCUAUCGAAAAACAGAUUCUUACAAGUACCGAAUUCUUAGAACAGAUUAAGGUAGAAGGCGAAGAGGUGAUCUCCAAUGUAAGAGUUGCAAACGAUGCUCGAGAGUUAGAACGACGUAAGAAAGUACGAGAAACAAGAGAAGCAUUGUUGGAUAGAUUAGAAAGAGAUAACGAAGAGUGUAUGUCGAAGUUUAAAGAGAUCGAUGAAAAAUGGUCCGAAAUUUUUUCAUCGAAAGAUCCAUUGGACAUAGAAGAAAAGAUGAUGCGACAAAAUGGCAAGUGUCUUGAAUUAUUAGCGAAAAAGGAUGAGAUUAUUACAGGAUUGAAAACUGAACUAGAGAAUGCUGAUGUACAAUUUACGGAAGAUUUGAAAAAGCAAAACGAAGAUAUUGAUGUAUUGGUCGAGAGAAUAGAUCGUCAGUUAAAUAUAAUCAGCGAGGCUUAUGACAAAGAACUGGACAACAUCAACAACGUGUUGGACGCCGAACGUAAAUCGCUGUUGAAAACGCUCGAGCAAAAAUGGAAAGAUUUCUAUGAGAAGUUACGGAAUGACAAUCAAGAUGGUAUCGAAAAAAGGAAAAGUAUAAUUCAUGAAUACGAAGAAGAAAUGGAGAAGGUGAUGACGGAACAUCACGAGGAAUAUCGUUCUCAAAAAAUAACUUCGUCAUUGGAGAAUCAAGACCUUCAACAGAAGCUACAGGAUAUGAAAGCUUUGUGCAUGUUAAACGUCGAGAAAUUGAAUUAUAGUUAUACCGUUCUUAAACACAAAGAGGAGGAAAAUACUAUAAUGAAAAAUGAACAGAAAAGACGGAUUAAUAAGCUUCAAGAUAUUAUGAACGAAUUAAAAAAGACUUACGUCAAAUUAGAGGAAGAUAGCCGAUCGGAAAUUCAAGGACUGACAAAACAAGUUCUUAAGGCACAUAAGAAUAUAUUAGAACUCGAAGAGAAGUCUCAAUAUUUUACGAAUAUCAAUGAGAAAAAAUAUUUCCAAAUAUGGGAUAUGAAUGUUAAACGUGUCAACGAGCUGGUCGAUAAAAUCUUGACGACCGAUCGAAUUAUACACGAAGAAGCAUUAGGAUUACCGUGGCAACCACCCGAAGUAGACAUUUUGACAAAGGAAGAUUUACCUUCUUACUGUACUGCUAUUAAUAUCAUAAAUAAAGAAAAGACCGAGGCUCAAGAAAAAAGACAAAUGCCAAUUAUUUACAAAAAGGCUGUUACCUUUGAAGACAUCAAUUUGGAACGACGUUUAUUAAAUCAUAUAAUGGAACAUAUAUCCAAGGAAUCCAGUUAUCUGAUCGACGAAAAUAUACAAAAAUUACUUAUACCGUAUACGACCGAGAACAAUAUAAUCAUUAGAUUAGAUAACGUUUUUCAGGCAUUAAACAUAAUAUCCGAAGAGGAAAUACAAUUCUUGUUAAAUUUCUUUCUGCCAUAUACCUAUUGUCCCGAUUGUGCGGCUUUGGAUAAAACUCUGGAUAAAAUAACGGAAUCUUCGUCAUCUUCGAGCACGAAUGAUGUACCUGCCGUCUGCGGCGAAGAACUAGACGAAGAAGCUGCUGAAUUAGUAAAAACUAUAAAGGAAGAGGUUUUCUUUCAAGACGUAUGUUCAAACGUUUAUACAUGCGUCGAUACGGAUUAUUCGCAAGAAUAUAUUCCCUCGGUAGAAACUACGUCGUCUGUUUCAUCAGAGGAAUUACAUGUACCGUCAAAUUCUUCCAAUUAUGAUAAGAAAAAUUCAUGGGAAGAAAAGGAAAUCGGGCCACGAAAUCAAUUGGUCUGCAAAAAGGGACAUUUGCUAAAAAUCGAUGCGUCCUAUGUCACAAGAGCGUUGAAGGAAUUCAUAGAGAGAUAUAAUUUUAUCAAACGCGAGGAAACACCGGAAUCUUUGAAAGAGAAAUUAUUAAAAAAGAACGUUACAAUUUCACGAAGUUUAACCGUCGAGGAUAUCAAAGAAUUUUGGAAAAGGUACAGAGAUUUGUUUCCAUCGGAUAAAGAAUGUCUUUGGGAUGGUUUGCUCGUUGGACUUAAACAGUAUUAUGAAACUUUAAAAGAAAGAAAAAGAUUGAACAACGAAACAGAAUUUUUGAAGAAACAAAAUGCUGAACUACGACGUUUACUAAAGACGUAUACCGUCGAGGUUGGACAAAUUUACUUCUCUUUCUUUCCAUUAGAAAUAGAAAUUUAUAAUAGAAAUGAUAUAUAUUCGAUGUAAUAUAUGUUUCAGAUUGAAAGCAGUGCGAUAACCGAUACAGAAGUAUCUUCCUCUGUUAAAACAUAAUGAAACUUACGAUGCCGAUAAAUCCAUUCAUUCGUUCAUUCGUUCGUUCGUUCAUUCAUUCGUUCAUUCAUUAAGACAUCCAUUACAUUCCAGAAGUGAUCUCUAUCGAUCGUUUACAUUUAAUUAACCGUAACAUUUUUUCUCAGGAAUUUUUACGAGAUCGAAUCGUCAACCUCAACCCCUAUUAGUCGCCUUUUACGACAAGCAGAGGAUACUGU